AUGGCUGGCCUGCGCGCGGCUAGAGGGGCUGGCACGGCCGCCGACGACCUCGCGCCGCUGGUGCGCGCGGCGGUCCGCGGCGCUGUGGACGGCGGCGCGCCGCGCCGCACGGUCGCCGCAGUGGCGCGCUCUGCAGUCUCGGCCGCCGCGUUCGCGGCGCGGCCGACGACGCAAGCGCACGCUGCAGACGGCCGACGUGACGAUCAUGCUGCUGAUGCCGUUGGCGAUGCCGCUCGCCCAGCUGGUGCCUCCGCGGAGGCGAAGCGGGCGCGGCGUCGGCGCCGCCGCGCGGCGCGCGCGGCUCGCAAGCAGCAGGAGAUGACCGACGGCGACGUGACGACGGCUGGUGCUGGCAGUACUGGUGCGGGCCUGGGGCUCGCCCUGCUGCCCACGGCGAUGGCGGUCGACGGCGCCGACGACGAAGACCUCGCCUCGUUGGUCGACGACCCCUGGGCUGACAGCCUGCCUGUCGGCGGGCGGCGGCGGCCUGGGCGGGGGCGCGAGGGCAGGUGGGUCGCGGAGGCGGUGGCUGCUGGCGCGGGCGGCACGGGCUCUGGCUUGGCCGCCGCGGCGGCCGCUCCCGCGGGCGCGGCGCUGGCCCUCGCGAGGGCCCCGGGCGGGGCGGCGGCGGCGGAAGCGGCGGACCUCGCUCGCGGAGUGGGGAGUGCUGCUGGAGCUGCUGCGUGCGGCCUCGAGCGCGCCGGCCUGGCUGGCGGUGCCGAGCCACGGCGGCGUGGGCCGAGGCGCGCACGGGCGAAGGCGCAGGCGGAGGCGGCGAGGGCGGCGGCGGAGCUGGGCACGGCGCUCGCGGGAGCGGCGCCUGCUGGCGGCGGAGCUGCUGCCUCGGAAGGCCCUGGGGAGGUCUUCGAGCGUGCCGACGGCCUCCUUCGGCAGGCGCCUGGCUACGGGCCUCAGCUCAGCGAGCAACUUCGGCAGAUGCUGGAGUCCGUGAGCUGGAGGAGCAGAGCACGGGUAGGGUACCGGGAGCGGGGCCUGGGAGCGGAGCAGCUCGCCAGCGAGGCAGAGUGCCGCGGCCUGGCCGAGGAGGUGAGGGCCCUGCAGGCCGCCGUGCAGGCCUGGUCGGCCGACAUCUCCCGAGUGCGCGGCAAGACCGGGUCGUUGAGGGCGGCGUUCGCCGAGGCGCGACACGUGGUGCUGUCCGAGCUCGGGGCGGCGGCCGCACCGCAGCGGCAGAGACCGCCGAGCCGUGCCGAGGCGCGUGCCCCCUGCGCCGGCGGGCGGGCGGAAAAGAGCAAGCAGAACGGCCGUGUCGUGUCCACGGAAAGGAGCGGGCAGCUCAGCAGGCUCGCCCCGGGGAGCGACGCCGACGCCGAGCCGGCCGGCGCCUGGCGCGAGGCCAUCGUCGAGGCCUCGGAGGACCAGCGCGCGUGCGUCCUCGACGGGGACCUGCGCGUGAGGCGCUGGAGCGCGGGUGCGGGCGCGCCGACGGGGGGCGCCGGCAGCGGUGCCACGUUCGUCUUCGAGGGGCAGCUCUGGUUGGUCCGCAGCCGCACCGUGCAGAUACAGGUCGUCACCGCCAGCGGGGCCGCAGGGCAGGAGGACUUCGCCAACACCCUCAAGGAGAUCGCCAUCGGUGGCUCUUUCUUAGAGAAUAACACCCUGCACAUAUCCGCGACGGGCGUGAUCUGGCAUUCGGCCGACGGACAGAGGGAGCCCAUCCUCACUGACAUGGACUCCAAUUGGUCGAACGAGCUCGUCGAAGCCACGAGAGAUACCUCGGGGGAAGUGCUCCAGCCCGAUCGCGCGGUCGUCGACAGGACCGUGGUGCACCUGAAGCUGCCAAAUUCGGUGCGGCUACAUAUCGAGCAAUGGCCGGAUCCCGCUGCCCACUAUGUGAAUGUCAAGGUCACGAAGCCAGCUGAGUACGGCGAGGUGGGCUUAUGCGUGGACAGUGCAGCGCCAGCGGUAGGGGUAUCCACAUCGGAAACCCUCUUCCGUGCAGGCAUCUACACACGGAGUUGCCCAAGUGUAGAAUCUGAGAUUUCUUGGCCGUAUGGGGGGUGUGAGGGCUUGUCAACUGAAGCGAGCAUGUACAGUUUCAGCGCGAUCGACCGUUCAAUCUCCUGCGGAGUGUGCGGACAAAAUCAAUUUGUAGAUUUCCUGGGGAAGCUCGCCGCGGAUUUGAAGAACUUGAAAGAGGAGGAGUGUUCUCAAGGGGUGAUAUACGGAGUCGCAUUUGGUUCUAAGUAUGAGGAAAUGCUAGAUUUACAAGACGAUGUUGAUACCCAGAGGCUACUCCAGCGUCACCAGCGGUGUUUCUUUUAUUUCGUUGCGGCUGACAAUGAGUCAAAAUCUAUCUCUUUGAACCGCACUUCCAAGUCUGGUCUGAGCAUUUUGAUCCCUGUGCCGACGAGCGUCUUGCCAUACAAGAGCAUGCGCAGGAAUACAAAGUUAUUCAAGAUGUAUGGAGGUCUUGUCGUGUUUGCAUUUGCGAAGCGCCUUGUCUGGCAGGACGCGAAAAUGCUUGGAGACCUCUGUCAGAGCUGGAUAGGUACGAUGGACUAUCAGAAGAUGUUCACGGAGAAUAUCGAGCAGCAUGGCACGUGUGCCUCAUUCCGGGCCUUGCCGAAUAAACCCGAAACCAUGGGAGAAGUACGUUCAGAUGGUCCUCGGUUCGAGUACCACUGUUCUUUUUUGGAGGCUGUGGAUCGGCCAGGUCUGACAGACGAUAGUGAGACACUCGGCAAGCAGUGCGGUCACUAUCGUCGACUUGAUCCAGAAAACUAUCGAAUUAGCUUAGACAGCGGCCUGAUUGACAGCGCAGUUAUUCUUUGGGAUAUGAGAAGUAAACGGUGCCGUGAUUUCAAUAGACAGCUAUCGUGUACCUGGCUGGGCGAAAUCCAUUGCUUUGCAGAUCGUGAUCAGGUGAGCUUCCCAGAAGCUCUCCGCGCAGUGGGGGUCUAUGAACCAAGUGGGGUCAGCCCCUUGGAUUCGGAAGUAAAGGACAAGCUCUUCGUUAAAGCAGAUGAUCCCGAAAUUCCGAUGGUACACAUUGGGAGAAGCAGCUGUCAUUGGUACUUCUCGGAUGUCAGCAACAACAUGUACACCUGCGCCAGUAACCCUGAUGUCGUGGCAAAGGGCGCCGUAUAG